AUGACUUUCGGUGCACUUGAUUACGUUGUCGUUGCUGCUGUACUGCUUGUUUCUAUCGGAAUUGGAUUAUAUGUUCGAUGCACGGGAAAUCGACAAAAGUCCAAUGAUGAAUUUAUUCUAGCCAAUCGCAGCAUGACAGUUUUGCCCGUUGCAUUUAGUCUUAUGGCCAGUUUCAUGUCAUCAAUUACACUAUUGGGAGUAUCCAGUGAAAUUUACAUGUUCGGUAUACAAUUUAUCGUCAUUAAUUUCGCGUACCUAAUUGCAACACCGAUUGCUGCUAAUUUAUUUCUGCCUGUGUUUUAUAAACUUCAAGCUGCAAGUGCUUAUGAGUACCUAGAAUGUCGUUUUGGGAAGCUUGCUCGUCUAUCCGCAUCUCUAGCUUACUCUCUACAAAUGAUAUUAUAUAUGGGAAUUGUCGUUUAUGCACCAGCAUUGGCUUUGGAAUCUGCGGUCGGAAUUGAUAAGGAACUGGCUAUAAUUAUUAUUGGCAUCACUGUCAUUAUUUAUUGCUGUAUUGGGGGUAUUAAGGCUGUUCUGCUUACUGAUGUGUUUCAAUCAAUAUUGAUGUUUGUGGCUGUAUUCUUAGUCAUAAUAUCGGGAAUAAACUAUGCUGGUGGUAUUGGAAAUAUAAUCGAAGAAGCAAAGAAAGGAGGUCGAUGGGAAUUGCUGAACUUUAAUCCAGAUCCAACUGAACGACAUUCUUGGUUCUCAUUAAUUAUUGGUGGAAUGUUUACUUACUUAAGUCUCUAUGCUGUGAAUCAAACUCAAGUUCAAAGGUUAAUGACGGUCAAAAGUUUAAAAGGUGCACAGCGAGCACUUUGGUGGAGUUGGCCUAUAUUAUUGUUAUUAUCAAUUACUACGUCAUUUAGUGGACUUGUUAUUUAUUAUUACUACAGGAAUUGUGAUCCAUUGCUGGCAAAAAGGAUCACAAGUCGAGAUCAAAUGAUGCCAAUUUAUAUUAUGGAUGUGCUUGGUCACAUUCCUGGAAUUACUGGAUUAUUCGUUGCUGGAGUAUUUUCAGCCACACUUAGUACUGUCUCGUCAUGCUUAAAUUCAUUGGCAGCUGUUACUUUAGAGGAUUAUUUCAAGCCUAUGUACAAAUUUGUAUCAAAAAAGGAACUGCAGGUUGAUGAAUCAAGGUCAGCAGUUCCAACUAAAAUUAUUGCAGGAAUUUAUGGCUUCAUCUGCAUUGGAACAGCAUUUUUGGCAGAAAAGUUUGGUGGCAUUUUACAAAUUUCUUUGACAAUAUUUGGUGCUGUUGGAGGUCCAUUACUGGCUUUAUUCACUUUGGGUAUGAGUUUUUUAAGUCCUAAUGAGUAUGGAUCAGUUAUUGGACUAUUUUCUGGUGUUCUCACUUCACUGGUAAUUGGAUUUGCUGACAAACCAAGAGCGAUUCCACUACAGGUCAAUCUCGAAGACUGCUCGCAAUUUAAUAUUUAUAAUUUAACUCGAAUCAUUCCACAAGCUGCAAGCACUAGAAGUAGUGAAGAGUACUUUUAUUUAUUUAGACUAAGUUAUUGGUAUACUGUCGUUAUUGGAUUUUUCAUCACAUUUUUUGUUGGAUAUUUUGCAAGCGUGAUACUUAAGGCUAUGAAUUAUCAUGGAACUGAUAAAGUUUACAUCGAUGGCAAUAAGAAUUUAAUUAAUUAUGAUUUAUUUAUGCCUCCAAUUGCGGCGCGUCUUAAGGAACAAAGAAUGAAGAAAGGGCAUUUGAUUACUAAUAUUGCUCUCGAAUCGGUUCCAAAAUUAUAA